AUCGCUUAAAUAAUUUUUUUGCUUCAUUUAAUUCUUGCUCGUGAAACAACACGCUCAUGUAAAAAAAAAAGAAAAAAAAGCAAUAAGUUUAAGAGCUCUAAUUUAAAUCAAUGGUCUAGUCCUGGUAUCCUGAUAAAAACAUCAUCAUUAUUACCAUUAUUAUUAUCAGCAUUGAGAAUUUAUAGAGUCAGGAUUAUCAGUUUACAAUGUCGAUCCUCGGGUUCAUCUUCUUGUGUGGCCUGACUUCAGCCUUGGCAAAAUCACCUCACAUUGUUUUCAUCAUUGCAGAUGACUUGGGAUGGUAUGAUGUAGGAUUUCACGGUUCUGGAGAUAUAAAAACUCCCAACAUCGACGCUUUAGCUUAUACAGGAGUAAUACUUGACAGAUAUUACGUAGCUCCAAUAUGUACGCCUUCUAGAAGUGCACUGAUGACGGGCAAGUAUCCAAUUCAUACUGGAAUGCAACAUGGAGUAAUAAUGGCCGCAGAGCCGUGGGGAUUACCGUUGACGGAGAAAAUUUUGCCUGAAUACCUCAAAGACCUUGGGUAUAAAAAUCAUAUUGUCGGUAAAUGGCACUUGGGUCAUUAUAUGAGAAAUUAUACACCGACAUAUCGCGGCUUUGAGAGCCACGUCGGCUAUUGGACUGGUCAUCAAGAUUACUUUGAUCACACAGCAGUUGAAUUUCCUGACUGGGGGUUUGAUAUGAGAAGAAACUUGGACCCAGCCUGGGAUCUGCAUGGCCAGUAUUCAACUGACAUUUUUACUCAUCAAGCCGUCAAGGUAAUUAGCAAUCACAACUCAAGCGACCCGCUAUUUUUGUACCUCGCACAUGUUGCCGUCCAUUCAGCGAACCCGUACAAUCCUCUUCCAGCGCCUGAUGAAAUCGUCGCUAAAUUUGAUCACAUAAAAGAUUACAAGCGAAGACGUUUCGCGGCGAUAUUGAGCAAAUUAGAUGACUCUGUUGGUGCAGUCGUUGAUGCUCUCAAGAAACAAUCGAUGCUCGCUGAUACAGUCAUUGUAUUUACGACCGACAAUGGCGGUCCUGCUGCAGGAUUCAAUGAUAACUCAGCAUCUAAUUUUCCUCUUCGUGGUGUUAAAAAUACUUAUUGGGAAGGUGGAGUCAGAGGUAGCGGAUUUAUUUGGUCAAAAAAAUUAUCAAAACCCGGAAGAGUUUAUCGAGGACUAAUGGAUAUUACUGACUGGCUACCAACUUUAUUAACAGUAGCAGGUGGUAAUAAUUCAAUUCUACCUAGAGCUAUUGAUGGCAUCGACAUGUGGGAGUCAUUGAAUAAUAAAGACCCGUCGCCGCGGCGUGCUGUUGUUCACAAUAUCGACGACAUAUACGGCGCUGCCGCGAUAACUGUUGACGACUGGAAGCUAGUGAAAGGUACAACUUACCGCGGCGCCUGGGACGAUUGGUAUGGGUCAUCCAGCUGGGAACUACCUUACGAUACCAACCAGAUAAUCGAAAGUUCUGCAGGCAGAGCCAUGUCCGAUUUAGGAUUUUCGCUUACUGAUAAGUUGAUUCUCAAUUUGAGGGAAGAGUCGCGGGUUCAAUGCGGGAAGAGGAAUAAAACUUUAGCUAAAUGUUGCGCUCUCGUCUCGCCUUGUCUCUUUAACAUCCGUACCGAUCCCUGCGAGCUCAAUAAUCUCGCCGAAGAAAAUAAUGAAAUGCUAGUAAUUUUAAUUGAUGCAUUAAAUAAAUUCAAUGAAACAGCAGUACCGCCGCGAAAAGUCAAACCAGACCCACGAUCAAAGCCAAGUCUCUGGGAUCAUACUUGGAGUAAUUUUGGUGAUUAUUCAUUAGCAAUAAAUUAAAGCGAAAUGUCUUGGGUAUUAAUUAGACUAUUGUUGUUAGCAUGUAUAGUAAAUUUAAUAAAAGCUUCAUGCAUUUUGCAACCGGCACCAUUUAUAACGACAUCAGCACGUACACCAGGAGAUGGAGGGUUCAAAAUAUCAAUAAGUGGAAAUAAUUCCAAGUAUAUUCCUAAUACAAUUUAUUCAGUCAGCAUACGAAGUGAUCCAGCUUUACUUCUGACAGAUCCGACAGCAAACUUGCCGUCUUUUUCUCGGUUCCGACUAAUAGUUGACUCGCAGCAUUCUCCAAACAGUCCGGUGUCAAAAGUCGGGUCAUUCCAACUCUAUCCAGACGCUCUGACCUCAUUCGACGAAGACUGCAUCAACACAGUAAUCGAGACAGUCGACUACCCAAAGUCAGAAGUCCAGGUCAUGUGGAGAUCGCCUCCAGUAGGAUCAGGCUGCGUUAUUUUCACCGCGAUGGUCAUGACAAGUCCAUCAAUGUGGUACGCAGCGGAUGGGAAACUUGUAAAACAUUUUUGCGAGGCGUCUAGUGAUGACAUAGUCAGUCCAGAUGAUGAGCUGGGCUGCUGUGCUUGUGAUGAAGCCAAGUAUUCUCUUAUUAUGGAGGGUAUUUGGUCUAAAACAACGCAUCCCAAGGACUUCCCCUUCUCGGCAUGGCUGACGCACUUCAGUGACCUAAUUGGCGCCUCUCAUGAAAGUUCAUUUUCAUUCUGGGGAGCUGAUCAUAUUGCUACUGAUGGAUUUCGUCAAUUAGCCGAGUGGGGCUCAGCAUCGGGAUUGGAAUCUGAGUUACGAGCCAAGUCACAGUACUUGAGAACGCUUGUUAAAGCUGCUGGGCUGUGGUAUCCUAAUGUCAAUACAAACACUAGUACAAGUUUUCGAGUUGAUAAAAAACAUCCGUUGUUAUCAGUCGCCUCGAUGCUUGGACCCAGUCCUGACUGGGUAGUUGGUGUGAGUAAAUUAAAUCUUUGCGAAAAAGACUGCAGCUGGAAGGAGAACUUGAUAAUUGAUUUGUACCCGUGGGAUGCGGGGACCGACAAUGGCAUCAGUUAUAUGUCGCCUAAUUCAGAGACCAAACCGCGGGAAAAAAUGAAGCCUAUUACGACGAUGUAUCCAGAGGAUCCGAGGUCGCCGUUCUAUGACGCGAGUGGUAAGCAAAUGCUGCCACUCGCUAAGUUGUACAUCAAGAGGGAAAAAGUUAUUGAGCGCGGGUGCGAUGAAAAGUUGAAGGAACAAAUCGCCGAACUCGAAGUUGCUGAAAAUACUGAAGAUACUUCGCGACCUGAAUGUGCGACAACAGAAUAUACUGCAUGGUCUUCUUGUUCAGUCACCUGUGGCAAAGGUCUUCGCAUGCGUACGCGUUCGUACUUAAUGCCAGAGAAGGCGCAGAUGUUUAAAUGUAAUAGACAAUUAGUUUCUAAGGAAAUGUGCGUUGCAAGUGUUGCCGAGUGUCCAGGCGAAGAAGAGGAUGAGAAUGACAAUUUAACAGGCAGUCUCGAUGUAGAUCCAGUGAUCUGCGAGACAACAGACUGGUCUGAGUGGUCCGAGUGCUCGUCAACUUGUGGCAUAGGUUUCAGAAUGAAAACUCGAAGAUUCGUCAAUAAAAUGGGCCGCAAAAAAUGCCCGCACGUUACUCUAGUAGAGAAAGACAAGUGCAUGGGACCAGCGUGUCCUUCAGGAGCUGAGGAAAUUCUCGAUCCCACUUGUCCCGUAACCGAAUGGUCAGACUGGUCUCCCUGCAGCGCGAGUUGUGGCAAAGGCGUUAAGAUACGAACGAGAUUACUGAUGGUCGACCCAUCGCGUCAAGAAGAAUGUUCUGCUAAAGUCGAACACAUCCAGCAGCGGUCUUGUCUAGUCCAAGCUGACUGCACCUUCGACAUGGCCACCGCUAAAGUAGUUUGCAUGGAAGAAGCCGACGUGGGACCUUGUCGCGGAUAUUUUCAGCGCUGGGCUUUUGAUUCAAAGAAACUCACCUGCAUUUCCUUCGGCUACGGCGGCUGUCGUGGGAAUCGUAACAAUUUCUUGACCUUCGAAGAGUGUUCAAGCACGUGUGGAAUUGUCAAGGCUGCAUUGACUGGUCAGCAACCUACCGGACAGUCUAAUCUAGAACAGAGUUUCAGUCCACCUCCAGUCGAUUGCAUGGUAUCCGAAUGGUCGCCUUGGUCUCCUUGCACUGUUACUUGUGGUGCUGGGAAAUUAACCAGCUUCAGAAUGAUCAAGAGACAGCCAGAGAAUGGAGGACGUCCCUGUCCAAGAAAAUUACAUCGACGUGCCAAAUGUCAACUUGCUCCUUGUGAAUAAUUAUUAGUAAUGAUAAUAAAUUUGCUCACACAAUACUUAAGUAAUCCAUGACUUAAAAGUAAAAA